AUGCAGAGGCUUCAGGUCACUCGCAACAUAAUCCAGGAGGAGGUGGCUGCGCUCAAUCAUGCCGGGCUUGAUAGAUGCCCCUACAUCGUAGCCUACGAGGCAGACGCGCAGGACGAGAACUUCGAGUACCUCGCGCUGCAGCUGUGCGAGUGGAACUUGGAGGAGUACGUGCAGGAGCAUGGGUGCAUCAGGGAGGUAGAGGUGCAGGCGUUCGCUCGCGACAUGCUGCAAGGGCUUGCAUGGCUUGCAAGGGCCAACCAGGUCCACCGAGACAUCAAACCGCGGAACCUCCUCCUCGACACCAAGGGUCGACUGCUGCUGGCAGACUUCGGGCUGGUGAGAGAGAUCGGCCACAAUGCUUCCUCGGUUCACUCGGGGGAGGCCGGGACGAUGGGGUGGAUGGCAACUGAGGUGCUGGCCGCCCUAGGCGCUGGAUCGGGAGGGAGAUGGAAGCACAAGUCGGACGUGCAGGUGGCGGGGAUGGUGAUCUUCUACAUGCUCACGGGCGGGAAGCAUCCCUUCGGAAGCAAUGCCAUCACCACUCAGUUCAACAUCCUCCAGGGCAGGAUCGUCAACCUGGAGCUGCUCAACGGGAGCUUGCUCGCAAGGGACGCGGUUGAAUGGAUGCUGACGCCGGACGUUGACAGCCGGCCAACCGCCAUGGAGGUGCUUGAGUGUCAUCCUUACUUC